GCGGCGCCCGGGGCGGCGGCGGCGGCGCUGCUCUCCGCGCCGCGCCCUGCAGGCGGAGCCGGCGGGCAGCAGGCUGGAAAUGGAGUGCAUAGUUUGGAUGUCAGCAGUGAGGCACCUUCAUGAAAUAAAGCAUUCCUGGAACCAUUAGAUAUCAAUGAUUUCUAAGUGUAGGAACUGGUAGAUUGGAAACGUGCCAAAAGAUGCCAAGUGAGAUGCUUGAGAGCAAUAGUGGGAUGGAGGAGACAGUGCAGAAAGAAAACAAGCCUGGAACCCACAGCCCACGCCGUGGCUCCUUGAGGAGGGCUGUGGCAACAACUGUCACCUUUGAUGGAGAAGCUACUAUGGACCGGAGGAAAAAGAAGAAGAAAGAGUCCCGUCCUGAGUCAAUAAUAGUAUAUCGGUCGGAGAAUGAGAAUAAGGUGGAAGAAGAGCAGGCAGAUGAAGAAGGAGAGGAGAGGAGCUCCGAGGAAGGCUCCAAGUUCCUGGGUCAUUCCAUGGCGGAUGGUGUCUGGAGUAUGCCUUUAGACAGUCGAUAUGUCACCUUGACUGGAACAAUCACCAGGGGAAAGAAGAAGGGUCAGAUGGUGGACAUCCAUGUAACACUAACGGAUAAAGAGCUGCAGGAACUUGCUAAGUCAAAGGAACCUCCUAAAGAGGACAUACCUGAGAAGAAAAAGACAUGUGAUGUUGGGCUGGACAGAGGCCCCCAUAUCAUCCUCUGGACCAUUAUCUGCCUCCCCAUCAUUUUUGUAAUGUCCUUUGUGGUUUCUUUCUACUAUGGAACCAUUACAUGGUAUAACAUCUUCUUGGUGUACAAUGAAGAGAGGACCUUCUGGCACAAAAUCACAUUUUGUCCCUUUUUGAUCAUCUUCUAUCCAAUUAUAAUCAUGGUUUUAUCUUUUUCCCUAGGCCUGUACUCAGCUGUGACCCAGGUAACAUGGUCCUUUGGGGACUGGUGGCAUGCUGUCAGGGAUAUGGAGAAGGGCUUCUGUGGCUGGCUCUGCAGCAAGCUAGGUUUGGAAGAUUGCUCUCCGUACAGCAUUGUCGAGCUGCUAGAUUCUGAUAAUAUCUCAGGUAGUCUCUCUGGCAAGAGUUCUGCACAGGGGGUUGAGACUUCGGCAGUCUGAGCCUUUGUCCUGGCUGACUCUUUUGGUCAUAAGCAAGUGGUUUCAUCUAGAAAAUAACUGAUUUUUUAUACAUAAAUAUAUUUAAACAAAAACAUAAAGAAGAUAAAAUAUUGGGCUCAGAGUGCCCUUUAAAUGUGACAGAAUGCAAGUAUGCUAGCUGUUUGUGGUCUGAGUGGGGAGGUGCAUGGCUCUCCAAUGACUUGUCAUCUGUUUUAGCUAAUUACAACUUUGUAGAAUAGUGAGAAAAUCCAGAUCCAUGGGGCUGGGCCUGUAUGUGGGAUGGCAGGUAUAUAAGCUGAAAAGCCUGCUUCUGUAAAGUUAUUCUUAAGAAAUAGAAGAUAACAGUGAACUGUAGACCCACUGAAAAUAAGACUCUACUCAGGAGAUGAAUUUUAGGAGACAGGAACUCAUUCAGAGUUGUAGGCUAAGUUGCAAUGUGUGCAGUAUUCCUGCAGUUUUCCUAGCUGGCAAAACUUUUUCAGCUAUUCAGACAAAUGAACAAACCUUCCAGGUGGGCUAACUGCUGAGACAGUGUCAGAGUUUGAAAGAUAGCCUACUACAAUACUUGUGCCCAGGAUUUGUGUAGCUCCUGAUAAAAGCACACGACAUACACUGACCUGAAAUGCAUCCAUCACAUGAUCAAAGUUUAGGGCUUGCUCUGUAAUGCAGUGUGUGGGAAUGUAAUUGUGUGGCAGAUAUGUCACCAAGAACCUCAGGUUGCAGCAGGUGCACAUGUAUGUGAUUAGGAUGUAUCUGCAUUUGAUCUUGGUAAGUGCAUUCACAGGAAGGAAUGGGCUUCAGGAGUCUUCAGCAAGAGAACAACCAAGAGCCUACAGUCAGAGCAGCUACAAUAUAAGUAAGAAACAUUUACUCUGAGGAGGGCUGGUCAGUUUGAAUGUCACUGCCAUUUAUAUGUAGACUGGUGGCAUGUCUAUUUAAGGUUGUGGAUUUGUGCUUGGGACUGGAAAGUCUCACUGAAAUGGUUGUUUUUCAAGUUGCCCUUAUGGAAGAGAUGCUGAAUUACUCUUUCAGAAUGGGGAUGUCCCUGAGCCCACAUCUGUUACUGCAAGUGCAAACUGCAUUAAUUUCUCAACUCUGGAAAUAUCCCCUCACUCAUUUCCUGCUUAAUUAUGUGGAAGAGCAAUGGAUUAUACUUCCUCCUCUGAUCAUGUCUCAAUGUCUCAUUUUUAUAAUUGGUUUUCCAAUUUUGGAACUUUGCAUGGUGUCUCUAGCCAGGCUGAGGUGGCCCCCAUAGGCUGGAGAAAUUUUAGUUGUCUAUUUACAAAAUUACUAGCAGAAAAG